AUGCCGGCGCAGGGAGUGCGGUGGGGUGGGCUGGCGGUGAGGAGGGGGCAGCGCUGGCGGGGGCUGACGGAAACGCGGCGGAAACGGUCUGGCUACUACACAGCUGAGAGCCACACCAAUGAAGUGUACGUGGAAGAAACCCCCCCUGAGCCUGCCCUGGACUACCACCGAGUGCCCCAGUGGUGUGCCACGCUCAACAUCCACCGCGGAGAGGCCACCUGCUACUCACCCCGGGGGGGCUCCUACCGCAGCAGCCUGGGGACACGCUGUGAGCUGACCUGCGCCCGUGGGUACCGGCUGGUGGGGCCCAGCACUGUCCAGUGCCUGCCCAGCCGCCACUGGUCCGGGAUGGCGUACUGCCGACAAAUCCGGUGCCAUGUGCUGCCAGCGGUGCUGCGGGGCUCCUAUGUGUGCUCCGCUGGCGUGCAGAUGGAUUCCCGCUGUGACUACACCUGCCUGCCCGGCUACCAGCUGGAGGGCGACCGGAGCCGCAUCUGCAUGGAGGAUGGGCGCUGGAGCGGGAGCGAGCCAAUCUGUGUAGAUGUGGACCCUCCCAAGAUCCGCUGCCCCGACUCCCGGGAACGGAUAGCUGAGCCUGGCAAGCUGACCGCCACUGUCUACUGGGACCCACCCCGAGUGAAGGACUCUGCUGAUGGCAUCAUCAAGAGGGUGAUGCUGCGAGGCCCAGAGCCCGGCUCUGAAUUCCCCGAAGGAGAGCAUGUGAUCCGCUACACCGCCCAUGACCAGGCAUACAACCGAGCCAGCUGCAAGUUCAGCAUCCGUGUCCAAGUGAGGCGCUGCCCUGUCCUGAAGCCUCCGCAGAAUGGCUACCUAUCCUGCACCUCCGACGGCAACAACUACGGUGCCACCUGCGAGUACCUGUGUGACGGGGGCUACGAGCGCCAGGGCAGCUCUCUGCGGGUCUGCCAGUCCACCCAGCAGUGGACGGGCUCCCAGCCCCUUUGUGCACCCAUGCAGAUCAACACGGCCGUGAAUUCAGCUGCCAGCCUGCUGGAUCAGUUCCAUGAGAAACGCCGCCUCCUUGUCAUCUCGGCCCCGGACCCCUCUAACCGCUACUACAAGAUGCAAAUCUCCAUGCUGCAGCAAGCUGCCUGCGGGCUGGACCUGCGUCAUGUCACCACCGUCGAGCUGGUGGGGCAGCCCCCACACGAGGUGGGACGCAUCCGGGAGCACCAGCUGUCCCUCGGCAUCAUUGAGGAGCUCAGGCAGUUCCUGCACCUCACCCGCUCCCACUUCAACGCCGUGCUGCUGGACAAGGCAGGCGCCGACCGUGAGCGCUACAUCUCCCCCAUCAACCCCGACGAGCUCUUUGUCUUCAUCGACACCUACCUGCUGAGCGAGCGGGAGGCGGUGCGGCGGGCGCAGAGCGGGGACCCCUGCGAGUGAGGCAGCGCCGGGGAGACCCCCCCUCUGCCUCCAGUGGCCUCAGGGAACGGACACCUUCCUUUCUGCUUUUCUAGUUGCCCACCGUAGAGGAGGACCGGGUUGCCGAGGACCUCCAGGGGAAGGGGAGCCCCUCUCCAGCUGCUCUGGCACAGAGAGGCGAGCAGGGACGAGGAUGGGGGCCAUGUGCCGGCAGUGUCCCCACUGCCCUGAAGCAAGGAGCAGCUUCUGGCUGCGGGGUGGGAUGGCUCAGCCCAGCCAAGACUACAGUGGGAGACACCGGAGCGCCUCUGCCCAAACUCCAGGGCAGGGGGGAGGGAGGGGACCAGACACUAGGCUGCCAAAGCAGAAAAGAGUAGGUAAGGCAGGCAGGACAACAGCACGACAGCCUCUAAAUACAGUAGCUUCACCCUCCCUGCAGCCAUCCUCACCUCAUGCACAACCUGA